AUGCUCUUGAGAAGAGGCUUCGCGAGGAGGGCCAAGAUCCCUUCUAUGUUCCCCGUGGUGAAUGUACUGGACUCUAGGGAGGAUGAUGGGAUGUAUAAGGAGUUUACGAAGAGUUUUGAAUUCUUGAAUCCACAGUUUAUGGAUAGUAGAAGGUUUAUAGCAGAUGCAUUUGUUGAACACGAAGCUAAAGCGGAAGAUAACCCGAGGUUUAAUGAGAUUAAUUAUAAGGAGCUGAGGGAAUUUGCGUUCGUUGGGAGAUCGAAUGUUGGCAAAUCUUCGUUGAUUAAUUGAAUUUUGGGGCAGAAGUUGAUGGAUGCGAAUAAGCGACCUGGCAAAACUAAGCAAUUACAUUACGUUAACUUGCCCUACUCGAACUGCUACUUAGUAGAUUGCCCUGGCUAUGGAUUUGCAAGAGUUGAUUUGAAAGAGAAGGAAAGUUGGGGGAAAUUAAUGCAGAAUUAUAUCUUUCAUUCCAAGUCCCUUCGAAGAAUGAUGAUUUUGAUAGAUGCAAAGGUCGGCUUUGGAGCGAUGGACAAGAUGCUAUGUGAUCUCCUCGAUCAAAAAGAGGUUCCAUAUAUUUUUGUUCUCACUAAAUGAGAUAAGAUCAAUGAAACCAGACUCAAAAAGUCUAUUUUAAAACUGAAGAAGCAUCCCCUUUCAUCCUCAGCAUCUCCUGUGAUCUUUAUGACAUCAAGUCUAAAUUUUUAUGGAGUCAAUGAGCUGGCUGCUUACAUCAGCUACAUCGUAUCCAUGGAAGGAUCUCUUAUCAGAGGUUAAAAAAUGUAUAGAUUAUUGUGCAUCUCAAUAUUCUAGU